CGGCCCAGAUGGCCAGGUAAUUGCUAACCUAGUCCAGCCCUCUUUCGUUCGCACAACCCGGCGCCACCCUUCAGCUCCGGCUCGCAAUACACUGCCGCCGCCGCCGCCGCCGCCGCCGCUCCCGCUCCCGCAUCUCCAAUCCUCGCUCGGUGCAUAAUCAGGUCGCCGCUCCCCCUGAUUACACAGAACGAGACACUCGUCGGUCGAAUUCGCGCCGCCCCGGUCCAGUCCAGCCCAAAUACUGCGUCGAUCUAUCUACUUUGCUCCCGUGCACGGCAGCGGCAACGAUGAAGAUAGAGAAAGCAAAUGCAGGACAUCUCACCAACUUCGAAGUUCUCGACUUCUUACGGACUAGAGGUGCAAAAAUUGAUCCCAUGGGAUGUUUGGGGGCUGUUGCUGCAUCAGAGUGUAAGGUAUAUGAGUACCUCCUAAAAACUCCUGCUUGCAACCAGACAAGGGAAUCAGUUACUGAAUUUGCAAACAGAUGUGAGGGCUUCAAGCUUACUGACGCUGACAAGCAAAACAUUAUCAAUUGGAGGCCAGCCUCAGCAGCUGAUGUUUAUGCGAUGGUAGAGGAGUGUGGGAAAAGAUUUUGCAAGGAUGAGCGAGGAAUGCCGCAGGAUGAAGAGGACCGUGCCAAUGAGCUUGUGGCUCUUGUAGACGAGGUUUUCCCAGCACCACCUGCUAACCCAGAGGAUGAAGUAGAUGUGGAUAUGAAGGACGUCUGAAAGGGUUUGAUUCUGGGUGAAGAAUACAGAUUGUCGGAUUGGCCUGUAAUUUAUCUGCAUGCAUGUUCUGGCAUAACAGCUCUCUGUGGAUUGUGGCAUAAGGCCAUCUUGUUUGAGACAUCACAGUUUGACCUAUGAGCUUCAAUGGCAGUUGAGACUCUUUUCGUCCUUGUUGUAAAUGAAAAUGAAUUGAAGAACUCUGGCAUUUUCAUUGCUA